AUGCCCUGGCUCUGCCUGGAGCCUUUGGCGCUCAAGGCCGAGCCUCUGCCCCAGCAAUUGCCACGCUGCCGGCCUCCUCCAACAUCAUGGGGAGCAGAAGGGGCAACCCUUCCCCGUAAGCCUUUGAUUGAUAACUGCACCCUGGUCACGUGUAGUCCUUUGGAGAUUGGACUGCCUGAUCUUGAUGGACAAGAUGGAAAAGAGGGCCCCUUGGGCGAGAAGGAGGAUCCAGACAUCGCUGCUCUGAGGCGUCAGGUGAAGGCCUUGCAGGUAGCCUUCCUUCAGUAUAAGGUAGUGGAGCUCUUCCCCAAUGGCCGAGGUGUUGGCCAGAAGGUCUUCAAGUCAGCAGGCUUUGAGAAACCUUUCCAGGAGGCAGAGCAAGUGUGCGCACAGGCCGGGGGGCAGCUGCCCUCCCCACGCUCUGAGGCUGAGAACCACGCCUUGCAACAGCUGGUCGAGUUUGAGAACAAGGGUCCUGCGUUCCUGAGCAUGACUUUGUCCAAGGCGGAGGGCAAGUUCACCUACCCAGGAGGGGGGCCCCUGGUCUAUACCAACUGGGCCCCCGGGGAACCCAACAAUGACGGAGACAAAGAGUACUGUGCGGAGAUGUACACCAACGGCAAGUGGAACGACACACCCUGUGGAGAGAAGCGACUUGUGAUCUGCGAGUUCUGAGCCCUCGGGGUAGGUGAGGCAGCUGUGGUCCAGGAGCCUGGCCCAGGCCCGUGUGCUGCUGACAUGACAAGGAAGAGCUGAGGGCUCCGUGGCUGGGCUUCUGCACAGAGCUGUGGGAUGAUGCCAGCCAAGGGCUCCCAUG